CUCUCUUCAAUUUUCCCUCUACUAGUCUCCGACUCUGCCAAAACCCCAGCGCCAGCGGAAGAACUCGUCCUCUUCAGUUCUCCUGUUCCACAAAUCUCCAUUCUUCUGCGCCAUCAAAAUCCUUGAGAAUGAGGGAGGAAGAAAUCGAGAAGCUCCGAGGUGUAGUAAGGGACUGUGUGAGCAAGCAUCUCUACUCCUCCGCCAUCUUCUUCGCCGACAAAGUCGCCGCUUUCACUGAGGACCCUGCGGAUAUUUACAUGCAGGCGCAGGCCCUCUUUCUUGGACGCCAUUUUCGCCGUGCGUUUCACCUCCUCAAUGCCUCCAAGAUCGUCCUCCGUGACCCUCGGUUUCGUUACCUCGCUGCCAAGUGCCUUGAGGAAUUGAAGGAGUGGGACCAAUGCCUAGCGAUGCUUGGUGAUGCCAAAGUGAACGAGCAUGGUUACGUGCUUGAUAACAAGGAUCACAGUGGCAUGUACCUUGACAAAGAUUGUGAGGAUCGUGAGAUUAAUAUAGCCGCAGCAACAUGCUUUUUAAGAGGCAAGGCAUAUGAAGCUCUGGAAAACCGCACGCAGGCUCGACUUUGGUACAAAGCUGCUAUCAAAGCUGACCCUCUAUGCUAUGAGGCUUUGGAGUGUCUCAUAGAAAGUCACAUGCUGACAUGUGAUGAAGAAUCAAGUCUACUCUCAUCAUUGCAGUUUGGUCCUGAAGAUGGAUGGCUCUCAUCAUUUUAUGCAUGCUUAAUAAAGAAAUACGAUAAAGAAAAUAUCAUUGAAGAGAGAUUCAAAGAACUUGAAAGAGAAAGUUGUAAUUCAAAAAGUUCUGAUCCAUCAUUUAUUCGUACUCUAGAAACUAACACUGAUCUGUUAGCUUGCAAAGCUGAAUACUACCAUCAGUGUGGUGAAUAUCAGAAAUGCUUUGAACUUACCUCUGUUUUGCUUGAAAAAGAUCCCUUCCAUUUAAAAAGUACACUGGUACAUUUAGCUGCAGCAAUGGAGCUUGGACAUUCAAAUGAACUUUAUCUAAUGGCAUGCAACCUGGUCAAGGACUAUCCUCAAAAGGCGUUGUCAUGGUUUGCUGUCGGUUGCUAUUACUACUGUAUCAAAAAAUAUGAUCAAUCACGUCGUUUUUUCAGCAAAGCUACAACUCUGGACGGAACAUUUGCACCUGCUUGGAUAGGGUAUGGUAACGCUUAUGCUGCUCAAGAAGAGGGUGACCAAGCCAUGUCUGCUUAUCGCACUGGCGCUCGAUUGUUUCCAGGGUGUCAUUUACCAACAUUAUACAUUGGGAUGGAAUAUAUGCGAACCCACAGCUUUAAGCUUGCUGAGCAGUUUUUUGUGCAGGCGAAGACAAUUUGUCCAUCAGAUCCUCUUGUUUACAAUGAGCUUGGAGUUGUUGCUUAUGACAUGAAGGAGUAUAAUAAGGCUGCAUGGUGGUUUGAGAAGACUUUGGCCUGCGUUCCAUCUCCUUUGAGUGAAAUGUGGGAGCCUACCGUAGUUAAUCUCGCCCAUUCAUAUCGAAAAUUAAAGGUGUACCGUGAAGCAAUUGCAUACUAUGAGAAAGCACUUGCGUUGUCAACAAGAAGUCUUAGCACUUAUGCUGGUCUUGCAUAUACUUAUCAUUUGCAGGUCUUCUUCUUAUGCUUCUUGGUGCUUCUCCUGAGACGGAGCACAAGGAUCAUUUUACUGCAGCCAUUACAUACUACCAUAAGGCAUUGUGGCUGAAACCAGAUGAUCAGUUCUGCACAGAAAUGUUAAGUAUAGCUCUUAUGGAUGAAUGCCAAAAUGGGAUGGAUCCUAAGGCAGACCUUCGGAGGAGUGAGGUCUUUGUUUAAUUGGAGCAUAAGCGAAUCUUUACUGCACAAUCAUGUUUGUACAAUAACUUUUAGAAUUUCGGAGUUAGGUCAGUUGUAGCUUAUUAUACAAUCAUUAAUUUGAUUCUUGUACCAAAGAAUUCAAGAUAUACUGUAACAAUUCUGC